GCUCACCGGGGGACACCUGGCUUACAGCUAGUCCAGUCAGCGGCUGAGCUAGGUCCUUCUGGGCGAAGGCGGAGUCGCCGCCUGUAACUGGGGGCGGGUCUCAGCCGUCCUCGCCCUCCUUUCGCGAUUGGCUCGAAACAGCUCCAGCCCGCCCUGUCUGGCCCGCCUAGUCGAGGGGGCGGGGCAACGCUGUUUCAUUGAGGUGGAGAAAUGUAGGCAAAGUUCCGAGCUUCGGCGGCUGGAUGGGAGCUUCGCGGUGGGGAAGACAGGAGCGAGCCGCUCUUCUCGCCCCUGGCCAACCAAGUGCACAAAGGCGCGCUGGCUACUAGGCGGCUUCGGACGCUCCCGCGAUAUCGCCUGCCUAACCGCCUGGGAGAGUUUGGUGUCUCCUCGCUUGAAGCGUCCGAAGUUCUGCUGGUCCCCGACGGGGCGGCUUUUGUUAUGUCUCGGAAUCUGGCGCGCGAACUCUGAGGAUACGGGACAAGCGCAGCCACGCGCGACACAGACAGCUCCGUUUGAACUAACCCGAGGCAGUUUUCCACGCGAUAACACCCCCCUCCGCCGCCCCUGAUGAAGGCUAGAUCAAAAUGGUUCUCAAGUGAACAAAAUAAAGAGCAAUCUCUCUUCCAGAGAACCUCCGCGCCUCGAGUUGAAGCCUCCGUUGGUCUUUUUAACUUCGCUUCAGAGUUGUUGGGCUGGUUGUUGUCUUUUGGACGGGCUGCUCCAGAGAUGCCCAAGGGCCACUAAGAAGCCUGCGGGACGGGACAGAGAGCGAGAGACAAUGUUCGUUUGCUGCAGCCCUGGUCAAGGGUGGACCUCAAAGAUAGGACCUGGUGCCUGGUGACAUUGCGAGUGAUACGGUUCUCCUUUGUUCCGCCAAAACUCGACUUUGUCCGGUCUUCCAACGAUGGCAACAGAAGUGGUGUGUGGAUUGAUCUUCAGACUCCUACUUCCCAUCUGUCUAGUCAUUGCAUGUGCAUUUCGCUACAAUGGACUCUCGUUUGUCUACCUCAUCUACCUCCUACUCAUUCCUCUUUUUUCUGAACCAACAAAAACAACAAUGCAAGGGCAUACAGGCCGACUACUAAAAUCCUUGUGUUUCAUGAGUCUAACUUUUCUGCUUCUGCACAUCAUCUUUCAAAUCACAGUAAACAGCCUUGAAGCUGGUAAAAGUAUCGAACCUGAUUAUAACUGUUCAACAUGGGAGAAAACACUCCGGCAGAUUGGAUUUGAAAGUGUCAAAGGAGCAGAUGCUGGCAAUGGGAUUCGAAUUUUUGUUCCUGAUAUCGGUAUGUUCAUUGCCAGCCUGGCCAUAUGGCUUGUCUGUAGAAAUAUUGUUCAAAAAUCAGUGCAAGAUGAUGCAGGACAGUACAACGAGCAGUUUGAAAGUGAAGACAUGACACUGCCUAAGGUCAAUGAAACUGAAACACAAUCCCUGAUUGGCUGCAAUCCAGAACAGAAUGAAGGGGAAAGAGCAGAGGCAGAUGAUGCAUUAAUAUAUGAAGAUUUGGAUGAUGCAGAACAUGGAGAAGAAGAAUCUGAAGAAAACACAAAAUUAAAACUAUUGCGCAGAAUUGCCUCAAUAGCAUCCAAAAUGAAGGAAAUUAUUGGCAACAUUAUAACCACAGCUGGAAAAGUUGUUGUUACUAUUUUACUUGGUACAACAGGAAUGAUGUUGCCAUCACUCACUUCAGCUGUGUAUUUCUUUUUAUUCUUGGGUUUGUGUACAUGGUGGUCCUGUUGCCAAGUGUUUGAUCCACUGAUAUUCAGCUGUCUCUGUGUGUUAAUGGCUAUAUUCAGCGCAGGCCACUUAAUUGGACUUUACCUGUACCAGUUACAGUUUUUUCAGGAAAUUAUUCCACCAGAUGACUUUUAUGCCAGAUUGUUUGGCGUCACUUCAGUCAUUCAGACCAACUGUUCAAGCACUUGGAAAAUUAUAACUAACCCAACUUUGAAAUGGUAUCACCAUACCAGCCCCAUCUUGCUGCUGGCAUUGUACUACACCCUAGCAACUCUUGUUCGACUUUGGCUCCAUGAACCUAUUGUACAGCAUUCGCCUGAUGAUGAUGAUGAUAAAUCUGGUAAUAGGGAAGAAGAAUCAGACUGCGGUCAAGCCCAAAUGACUGCUGAAAGAAGGCGCAGUUUGUGGUAUACAAGCCGCUACACAACUGAUGAAAGAAAACUUCUGUCAAUGACUCAGGAUGAACACAAGCCAUCUGAUGUCCUCCUGGUGACAGUGAAUGGUACACCUGUUGAUUAUCAGAGCAUGCACGCUUUGUGUCCCAUAGAAAAUGGGCCUGCAAGGAUAGAUCUAUAUUCAAGACCACACUACAAAUGGGACCCAUCAGCUGAUGACUUAGAAAGGAAAGAGGAGGAGGAGGAGGAGGAGGAGGAGGAGGAAGAAGAAGAAAAUAUUGAGGAAGAAGUAAAUUCCAAAGUUCAUGCAAUGGUCACAGUUUUCCAUUUUAUCAUGAAGCAAAGUUAUGUUUGUGCUUUGAUUGCCAUGAUGGCCUGGAGUAUUACUUACCAUAGCUGGUUAACAUUUGUGAUGCUGAUAUGGUCCUGCAUACUUUGGAUGCUACGCAACCGAAGGAAAUAUGCUAUGAUCAGUUCACCUUUUAUGGUGGUUUAUGGAAACUUGUUGUUAACAUUACAAUAUAUAUGGAGUAUUGAUCUGAAAGAUGAACUUCCUGAGGUUUCAGGAUUUCUAGAACGGAAAGCUCCCACAGAAUUAGCAUCAAAGAUUCUUUUCGCAAUUACUUUUUGGCUACUGCUCAGGCAACAUCUCACUGAGCGGAAAGCUUUGCAAUUCAAAGAAGCUGUUUUAUCAGAGGUUAAAGUUGGAGAGGAAGAGAGUGAAGAAAAAGAAGAGGAAUCCCAAAAAGAUGAAGAGGAAUACCAAAAAGAUGAAGAGGAAUCCCAAAAAGAUGAAGAGGAGGAAUCUGAGGAAGAAGAGGAAGAUGUAAUGAAAGUCUUGGGAAACCUGGUGAUGGCUAUGUUCGUUAAGUACUGGAUUUAUGUCUGUGGAGGAAUGUUCUUUUUUGUCAGCUUUGAAGGAAAAAUUGUCAUGUACAAAAUCAUCUACAUGAUGCUCUUCUUGUUCUGUGUAGUCCUAUAUCAGGUGCACUAUGAAUGGUGGCGGCGAAUUUUGAAAUAUUUUUGGAUGUCAGUGGUAGUUUACACUAUGCUAGUACUUAUUUUCAUCUACACAUAUCAGUUUGAAUCAUUUCCUGGAUUGUGGAAAAACAUGACAGGAAUGAAUGACAACCAACUAAAAGAUCUUGGCUUAGAGAAGUUUACUACAGCAAAAUUGUUUACCCGCAUCUUUAUUCCAACCUCCUUUUUGUUAGUGUGCAUAUUACACCUGCAUUACUUCCAUGAUCGUUUCCUCCAACUCACAGAUUUAAAAGCCAUAAUUAGCAAACAGGACAGCGCCAUUUACAGGCUCGUUCAUCAAGAUGGAAGCCUGCCUGAUAUCACAAUGAUAAAUUUAAAUGCCAAUAUUGAGAAGGAGAAGGGAAAUGUUUUACAAGAGCAGGAAAAUGUUUUACAAGAGCAAGAAAAAGACGAGCAGGAAAAAAUGUUCCAAGAACCAGAACAAUGCACGAUGGAAAGGAGAGAGAUAAGAGAUAAGGAAGAAGGGAACGAAAAUGAAGAGGAGGAAGUUGAAGAAAAUGAAGAUGAGGAGGAUGAAUCUGAGACAGAAGAAAUAUCAGAUUUAAGAAACAAAUGGCAUUUGGUAAUUGAUCGCCUCACCGUACUUUUCUUGAAAUUUCUUGAAUGCUUUCAUAAGCUGCAAGUUUUUGUGUGGUGGCUUUUGGAACUACACAUUAUCAAAAUUGUUUCAUCAUAUAUUAUCUGGGUCACAGUAAAAGAGGUUUCUCUCCUUAACUAUGUGUUUUUGAUUGCCUGGGCUUUUGCUCUGCCAUAUUCUCAGCUCCGCCCAUUGGCAUCCAGUAUCUGCACUGUGUGGACCUGUGUGAUUAUCAUCUGCAAAAUGUUGUACCAGCUCGGAUCUAUUAAUCCUGAAAUGUUUUCUGUCAACUGCACAAUGCCUAACACAAUUGAGAAGCUAGAAGACAUGAAUGAAUCACUUCUUUACAAAAAAGCCAUUGAUCCGACUGAGUGGGUUGGAUUAAGAAAGUCUAGUCCUCUUCUUGUAUAUUUGAGGAAUAACCUGCUGAUGUUGGCGAUUCUGGCCUUUGAAGUAACUAUUUACCGGCAUCAGGAGUACUACAGAUGUCGAAACAAUCUCACAGCACCUGAGACAAAAACAAUUUUUCAUGAUAUUACCAGAUUACACUUGGAUGAUGGAGUACCUAGUUGUCUUAAAUACUUCAUAAACUACUUCUUCUAUAAGUUUGGUUUGGAGAGCUGUUUCCUCUUGUCAGUUAAUGUAAUUGGUCAACGAAUGGAUUUCUAUGCCAUGAUUCAUGCCUUUGCGUUAAUUGCUGUUCUGUAUCGACGCAGAAGAAAAGCCAUUGCAGAGAUCUGGCCAAAGUACUGCUGUUUUUUAUCAUGCAUCAUUACAUUCCAGUACUUUAUUUGUAUUGGCAUCCCACCUGCUCCUUGCAUAGAUUAUCCAUGGAGAAGUCCUAAUGCCAACUUCAACUCUAAUAUCAUCAAAUGGCUAUACUUUCCAGAUUUUAUUAAAAAACCAAAUCCAGUCUUUCUUGUCUAUGAUUUCAUGUUGCUGCUAUGGGCAUCCUUACAAAGGCAAACAUUUGAAGAUGAGAACAAGGCUGCUGUACGUAUCAUGGCUGGAGACAAUGUGGAGAUCUGCAUGAACCUUGAUGCAGCAUCAUUUAGCCAACACAAUCCUGUUCCUGAUUUUAUCCAUUGCCGAUCUUACCUAGAUAUGGGUAAAGUGAUAACAUUCAGUUACCUCUUCUGGUUUGUCCUAACCAUCAUCUUUAUAACAGGAACCACUCGGAUCAGUAUAUUUUGUAUGGGCUACUUGGUAGCUUGUUUCUAUUUCCUGCUCUUUGGAGGAGAUUUGUUACUCAAACCUAUCAGAAGCAUUCUUCGCUAUUGGGACUGGCUGAUAGCUUAUAAUGUCUUUGUGAUUACCAUGAAAAAUAUAUUAUCGAUAGGAGCAUGUGGCUACAUCCAGUCAUUAAUUCAAAACAGUUGUUGGGUGAUUCAGGCAUUUAGCCUGGCCUGUACAGUUAAGGGUUACAAAAUUCCUUCAGAUAAAAAUACAGACUGUAAACUACCUAGUGGAGAGGCAGGAAUCAUCUGGGACAGCAUUUGCUUUGCUUUCCUCUUGCUGCAAAGAAGAGUCUUCAUGAGUUACUACUUUCUUCAUGUGGUUGCUGAUAUUAAAGCUUCACAGAUCCUGGCGUCCAGAGGUGCUGAACUUUUCCAGGCCACAAUUGUGAAGGCUGUAAAAGCAAGAAUUGAGGAAGAGAAAAAAUCAAUGGAUCAACUGAAGAGACAAAUGGAUCGUAUCAAAGCCAGGCAACAAAAGUAUAAAAAGGGUAAAGAAAGGAUGUUGAGCAUGAACCAAGAAUCCUCAGAUGGGCAAGCAAUUGAGAAGGCUACUGAAGAUGAUGAUGAUGGAGAAGCAGACAAAGAGAAAGCCAAGGGCAAAAAAAAGCAGUGGUGGCGGCCUUGGGUUGAUCAUGCUUCUAUGGUCAGAAGUGGAGAUUAUUAUUUGUUUGAGACGGACAGUGAAGAAGAGGAAGAUGAAGAAAAAAAAGAAGAGGAAGAACUUCCAAAAAGAUCUGCAUUUCAGAGAGCUAUUGCGAAAUUUGCUUCUGCCAUUUUAGCCUUGCCAAAGUCUGUUAUUAAACUGCCCAAAACUAUUCUUCAGUAUUUAAUCAGAGCUGCAAAGUUUGUUUAUCAGGCCUGGAUUACUGAUCCUAAAACUGCCCUCCGACAGAGGCGCAAAGAGAAAAAAAAGGAUGAAAAAGAAAAGGGACAAAGGCGGAAAGGAUCUGGGGAUGUUGGUAUAGAUAUGGAAUGGGAAGAACGAGAAGAACCUGUCAAAAAGAAAUCCUCAGGCGGACCUGAUAACAUUAUCAAAAGAAUAUAUAAUAUUUUGAAGUUUACCUGGGUUCUCUUUCUGGCAACAAUAGACAGUUUUACAGCUUGGCUCAAUUCGAUUUCAAGAGAGCACAUUGAUAUUUCCACUGUGCUAAGAAUCGAGAGGUGCAUGCUUACUAGAGAAAUCAAAAAGGGGAAUGUUCCAACUCGAGAGAGUAUCCAUAUGUAUUAUCACAACCAAAUAAUGAAACUUUCUAGGGAAUCUGGAUUGGAUGAAAUGUAUGAACCUGGACAGGCUGAGAGGACAGCAAGUCUAGAAUCUGCACUUUCUCAUGACAGUGAAUCCAGCUGCUGCACUGAAGCAACCACGCUGUUGUUAUCAAGGCAGUCUACCCUUGAUGAUUUAGAUGGACCAGAUCCUAUUCCUAAAACAAGUGAGCGUGCGCGACCUAGGCUUCGUAAAAUGUACAGCAUGGAUAUGUCCUCCUCAUCUGCUGACAGUGGCAGUAUAGUGUCAAGUGAGGCUACCCAAAUCACCAUGCUGUAUUCUCGUCAGGGGACAGCAGAAACUAUUGAAGAGGUUGAGGGGGAGGAGCACGAAGAAGAAGGGGUAGAUACUCCAUCAAGACAACAGCAUGACAUGGAAGAUUUUUGUAUAGAUUCUGAAGGAGCUGCAUAUACUUCUGAUACAGAUAUGCCAUCUUAUUCUGCUUUGGAUGGCAUUGCUGAACCACCUCCUUCAUACAGCAAAGCUGUGAGCCUAGAACUUUUUCCUUUAGAUGACUCCCAAGAUGACUUUUCUGACAAAAACCAUAUGAUGGUGAGCCCAGAUGAAAAUCAGUCUGACAAACCAGAAGAUUCUAUACUCCCUCCUUUGACACAUGAGCUAACUGCAAGUGAACUACUUCUAAACAAAAUGUUUCAUGAUGAGGAACUGGAUGAGUCAGAAAAAUUCUAUUCUGGUCAACCUCGUUUUUUGCUGCUUGUUUAUGCUCUAUAUAAUACACUUGUGGCGCGUUCAGAAAUCGUGUGUUAUUUUGUAAUUAUUCUUAAUCACAUGAUCUCUGCCUCAGUGAUUACCCUUGUGCUUCCUAUUCUUAUAUUCCUUUGGGCCAUGCUCUCCAUUCCGAGGCCUAGCAAACGGUUUUGGAUGACAGCUAUAGUCUACACUGAGGUAACUAUUGUUAUAAAAUAUUUUUUCCAGUUUGGCUUCUUUCCUUGGAAUAAACACUUAGAGCUCAGUAAGAAUAAGCCUAUGUUUGCUCCCAAUAUUAUUGGUGUUGAGAAGAAAGAGGGUUAUGUUCACUAUGACCUUGUACAGCUACUUGCCUUGUUUUUCCAUCGAUCCAUUUUAAAGUGUCAUGGAUUGUGGGAUGAAGAUGAUGGAGGAGAAAAUUGCAGUAGUAAAGGUGACUCUGAUGAUGAGUCAGCUGAGUCAGAUAGGAGAGGUUCUGCUGAUUCUUUGACAUCAGUCAAUUUGGCAGCAUCUGUUGAAUCCAUACAUGUCCAUUUCCCAGAGCAGCAGACUGCCAUCCGUAGGAAAAGUUCAAGCAGUGGCUCACAACUUUCUCACAGAUCCAGCUUCUCCUCACACCGUUCAAAGAGAGGAAGUACCAGCACACGGAACAGCAGUCAAAAAGGAAGCAGCGUGGUGAGCAUAAAACGAAAAUCAAGGAAAGAACUUCUCAUGGACAAGCUACGAGAACAACUUGUCAUAGCUAAAGCAUUUACCAUUAAAAAGAUACUUCAAGUAUAUGUGCCUAUCAAACAGUUUUUCUACAAUCUUAUCCACCCAGAGUACAGUGCUGUGACAGAUGUUUAUGUCCUAAUGUUCCUUGCUGAUACUGUGGACUUCAUUAUCAUUGUGUUUGGAUUUGGGGCUUUUGGGAAACACUCUGCAGGAGCAGAUAUUACCUCAUCAUUAUCAGAGGAUCAAGUGCCAAGUGCGUUCUUAGUGAUGGUGCUAAUUCAGUUUGGAACCAUGGUAGUAGAUCGGGCAUUGUAUCUGAGAAAGACUGUCAUGGGAAAAGUCAUCUUCCAGGUCAUCCUUGUUUUUGGUAUACACUUUUGGAUGUUCUUUAUCUUGCCUGGAGUGACAGACAGGAAAUUUAGCCAAAAUACAGUUGCACAACUUUGGUAUUUUGUGAAAUGUGUUUAUUUUGGAUUAUCAGCAUAUCAGAUACGCUGUGGCUACCCAACCCGUGUACUCGGCAAUUUCCUCACAAAAAGUUAUAAUUAUGUAAACCUCUUCUUAUUUCAAGGAUUCCGCUUGGUGCCAUUCUUGACUGAGCUGAGGGCAGUAAUGGACUGGGUUUGGACAGAUACCACAUUAAGCCUUUCUAGCUGGAUCUGUGUUGAAGAUAUUUAUGCUCAUAUAUUCAUCCUAAAGUGCUGGCGAGAGUCUGAAAAAAGAUAUCCGCAGCCAAGGGGCCAGAGGAAGAAAAAGGCUGUGAAGUAUGGAAUGGGUGGCAUGAUUAUCGUUUUGCUGAUUUGUAUUGUAUGGUUCCCACUGCUCUUCAUGUCUCUAAUCAAAUCUGUUGCAGGCGUCACAAAUAAGCCUCUUGAUGUAUCCAUCACAAUAACUUUAGGAGGCUACCAGCCUAUUUUUACUAUGAGUGCUCAGCAGAGUCAACUAAAAAAUAUGACAGCAAAGCAAUACACUGAUUUCAAAAAACAUUUUGAGAAGAAUACGGCUGCUUUACAGUUUCUAGAAAACUACGGUAUGGAAGAUAUAACUGUUGCAUACCUAGAAGGCAAUUCAGAUUCCUUAUGGACUAUCAGCCCUCCCAGCAGAAAAAAUAUGAUUGAGGAGCUUAAUUCAGAAAAUUCUGAUUUUUCUGUAGUUGUUUCAUGGAGCAUUCAAAGAAAUGCCUCUCUUGGAGCAAAAGCAGAAACAACAUCAGAUAAACAGAAUCACAACCUACAAAAGGAAGCAAGAAAAAACAUCGCUAAAAUGAUGAACAGCACAAAGGAAAUUACAAUAGUGAGACUGCCUGAAGUGUAUCCACAUUAUAUCAAGGCACCUGGUGAUUCUGUUGCAAAACCUAUAAAGCAGUUUUUAACAGGUGGAAAAAAUGAAGACAUCACUGUUUCACUGUGGAAGAGUAAUAUAACUGAGUGGUGGGUUCUAAACCAGACUUCAAAAAUUGUGGGACAAACAAACAAUACAGGUCUGGAACUUAUUGUCUUCAGUGACAAAGUUAGCCCUCCUAGCCUUGGAUUCUUGGCGGGCUAUGGCAUCAUGGGAUUAUAUGCUUCAGUUGUCCUGGUAAUAGGAAAAUUUGUCCGUGAGUUCUUCAGUGGGAUUUCCCACUCCAUAAUGUUUGAAGAGCUUCCCAAUGUAGAUCGCAUCCUCAAACUGUGUACUGAUAUCUUCUUAGUGCGAGAGACUGGAGAACUGGAAUUGGAGGAAGACCUAUAUGCAAAAUUAAUAUUCCUGUACCGCUCACCAGAGACUAUGAUCAAAUGGACUAGAGAAAAAACAAAUUGAUCUUUUGGGGAUUCACAUUGUAAUUCAAGAUGACUUCAUCUGAUUGUCAUUUUUUUAAAUAAAAGCACAACAUUCUCUUAA